GUUCAAUAGUUUAUUGAAAGUUUUAAAUGUAUCACCCGUGAAAGACACGUAAAUUUAUCAUAUGAAAAAAAAUUAAUAAUUUUUAAUUGAUAUUAUUGUUUAUAUUUAGUCGAUUGACGAAUGUAAUGGAAAGAGUCAACAACUGUUAAAAGAAAUAAAAAUGCUAUCAAAAUCGUUGAACAAACGGACAUCAAUAUCAACCAUUGAUACAACUCUUACAGAUGAUAUCGAUUAUGAAGAUAUGGAACAUCUAGUAAUAGGUUUAAAACAGUUGGUAUUGAUGAGUGAUCAUUCAGAACGUAUUCGUCUUCUCAAGCUAUGUCAAUCGACUUGGAGUAGACGGGAAAUUGCAAAUCAUUUCUCAGUUUCUGAAUGCGAAGGUCGAAUGGCAGUUGAAUUACGUGAAUCUAAUGGCGUGUUAUCAUUCUAUGAGAACAAUCAAGAUCGUGGUCAAUUAACACCAGUUACAAUAAAAACUGUUCUUGAUUUUUAUGAAGCAUCUAUUAAAACGAAUUCAUUUGUGGAACAAAUAGUUUGUUCUCAAGAAAAUAGUUCAUGUAUGUAUGGUGAAUGUGACUCAUGUCAAAUGAAAAUUCCAUCUACUGAAAUACCAAAGCUAUAUCCUCAAAUCGAUCUUGACGAGGAUUUACUAGUAACGGGAACGAUAAUCUGUUACCUGUUACCAGUACCGGUAACGGAAAUCCGUUACCGGUUACCGGUAACGGGUAGUGGAUAUCCGUUACCUGUUACAAGUAGCGGCAACGAUAAUCCGUUACCGGUAACAGGUAACGGGUUUCUAUUACCCGUUACAGUAACGAUAACGGGAAAGUGCCACCCUAAUCAUCGAUGGUCGAAGUUUAUUACUCAUAGUUAUAUAACAAAUGCUCAAUUCGAUUUUAUUGGACAACUCAAAGAAUCACUUGCAAGUGAUACUGCCAUAACAAGUCACGGUAAAGAAGCUAUUGAUGGAUUGGGCGCUGUCGUGAAAAGUGCUGCACGUCGUGAAACAAUGAGAGCUGGUAGUCCUGAAAAGUCUUUCCUUACACCGAUCGAAUUCUACAACUUUUCGAAACAAAAGUUUGCUCCAAAAUGCUUGUCCACGACCACGAUCCAACCAGAUUCAACUAUACAACAACAAAAAGAGGUUAAAAUACAUAUCUGGUAUUUAAGCGGAACUGAAAUCAAACAACAUUUUGAAAAAUAUUUAUCUGGUCGCUGGGAGGCUCGUUCUUGUACUGGACCAAUUAAUGGUAGCAUUUCAGCAUUUCAGCAUUUUCAAGCAGUCGACAAUCAAAUAAUACGCUGCAAAAUAACUUCUAAUGCUCGUCUUUAUCAAGAUUUUUCAAUCGUCUCAUCACAACAACGAAAAUUCAAACAUGUCAAAAAUGUUUUGAUGAUUAAUGAUGUCAAAAUUGGUGAUUAUGUUGUGGUCGAGUACGAUGAAUCUUGGUGGUUAGCGAUAAUACAAGAUAUUGAACUUAAUUUAAAAGAAUUAAAAGUAUCAUUUCUACAUCCAUCUGGACCGCGGGUUAAAUCAACAUUUCGAAAGAACGUUCAUGAAGAAUAA